AUGGCCCUCCUUGCGCCGUCCACCCCCGCGUCGUCCACCCUCCACGUCGAGGUCCUGCGGAUGCAGGCCAGGGCGGUGUGGCACAAAGGCCGCGGCCGCGGCCGCUUCUUCCUGUUCUGCCACGCGGAGGGCAAGGACACCAUCAUGCGCUUCUUCAACAACAGGCUCCUGCUCAAGUCGCGCCUGCUGGAGACGGACGCGCUCUGGUGGUGGUGGAAGGAUGACGGCGGUCACGUUCCUCGGAGCAGUGUCAUGCUCGCCAACUUUGCGGACGUGAUGGGCCAGCCACGGUCGAGGGGAGCGACCGCAGGCAGAGUGGAUUGCUAG